AUGGCGACCGUGUCGAUGGCAGCGGUCACCCGCGGGCUAUGGGCCCGUGGCUUGAGCCUGCGACGGGCCCUUAGCCUGACUGCAGUGCAGCGGGCAGAAGGUGACAUUGUCAAGGGUGCGCAAGUGUACCAGAACCAGCCCGAAGUCGUCGAGCGCAAGGACGAAGAGGUAUGCCCCAAAGACCUGAUCCAGCAAAACUCGAAAGACUCAACCCCAUCCUCUUGUCCGUCCUCAUUCCCCAACGUCACCCAUCUCCGCGUGCCCAGUACCCCGAGUGGCUGUGGACUUUGCUGGACGCCCCGCAAACAGACUUUGACGCGCGAACUGACCCGGUCCGUCUUUUGCUACUUUUUCAAUUGCUUUCAUGGAACCUUCACCCCCGCUCCCACGCAAAUGGAGACAUCUUGCACUCACGCCUGCUGA